AUGUCCGCCACCCUCCACCCCAUCCCAAGCGAUCAAGACCUCGUCCUGGCAUACUCCUGCACGCACUGCGAAUCGAUUCGCGCUCCGGAAGUGCAACGACUCAAGACAGAGGCAGAAUACGUCCACACAACCUCCAGCGGCUGCAUAAUCACGCGUUCCGACUUCUAUGAGGGCUGGACUGGCACGGAACACGGGUAUGUCCAACUCACAACACCAUGCAGCAAGGAGAGCUGCCAGGCGCUGACCCUGGCCGAGCACGAGGAGCAGUUGUAUGCCACGAUCAAGACCUCCAGGAUGAGCUUUCAAAACACAGUCUUCAACUACGUCAACUGCGGCAUCCGUUACCACAAGAAGCCCCUCACGCUUCGAGCCAAGACAGCAGAUGAGACUCACUUGGCAAUCGUCCAUCACACCUACGGCAUUGAGACACGAUACUGGUAUGACGAUCCAUUCCUCCAACCCUUCCUCGACUUCCACGAAACCCUCCAAGUUUUCGAAGAAAGAGUCAGGGACGGCAUCCCCUGCGAAGAAGACGUGGCCACUGCACUCCGCUACCUCAACACCUUCCGAGCCAUCGCCAUGAAGAUCAAGCCGAUUAUCGAGACGUUGAAGGAAGGAGUCAAGACCCUCGCCACGCUCGAAAGCUACGGACAUGCAGAGCAUUUCCAUACGAUCGUGCCAGGACGAUUGCAUCACUUGAAGGUCUUUGACAAGGUUGCGGAAACUGCGGUGCAGAAGUUCGUUGCUGAGCAGGUCAUCUUUGAUAGAUGGGCUGCUAGGAUCGAUGAGAUGGGGGAGCUGUAUACUGGGAAUACGCCGCUGCCGACGUUUAGGACGAGUGUGGCGUGUCCGUUGGAGUAG